AAGAAAAGAAACGAAAUAGCUUCUGGAAUUCAUUGACUUGGUUAUUUAAUUUUAAAAAUAUUCUGCUAUUGGCAUCUGUUUCUCCUUCAACAUCCAAGAUUUGUAGGGUUUCAUUUAGCAAAGGAAUAUGGAUUACUUUGUUUGAAUUGGUCUCAUUCUUCAUAUAAACUAAUAGAUAAUAUGACAGCAUCAGAUAAUCUCACAUGGGUUUUCAGAGUUCUCCAGCAAAUGAUGUGAUCAAACUUGUUAUGUAAAAAAGAAAAAACAAGAAAAAGAAAAAAAAAGGCCUGCAAUCUCUGCAAAUGAAGAAUGCAGCAAGUCCUCAGAUCAACCGAUCAAACCAGAGGAAACAAGACUCCAAUGGCGUCGCCAUCGGCAGCUACACAAACAAGAGCCAUCAGAGAACUCACACUGUCUUCAAUUACAUCAAAGCAGCAGCCAAGAAAGUGGGCGGAGUUUUCACCAUCUUCCUCUUUUGGUCGAGAAAGGCCGCCUGCAACAGACCUAAAACUGAUGCUACCAAACAUCAUGGUCAACUUAGCGGAGAUUCAUUUUUCUGUGAACUGCCUGCAGUUCCAAGAGAUAAUUCUUCAGGAAGCAACAGUGGGAGUUCAUCAAAAUUUAAGUACUCUAAUUCAUAUCGAUCUUCCACGACCACAGGAGGACAGGUGGGAAAUUUUUAUUUCUCUAUUGAAGAAAUUUUCAAGGCGACCGAAAAUUUCUCUGCAGUAAAUAAAUUAGGGGAGGGAGGGUUUGGAACUGUAUACAAGGGGAAGCUCAAGAAUGGAUCUUUUGUUGCUGUAAAGCGCGCUAAGAAGGACUUGUACGACAAGCGCUUCUCAGAGUUUAAGAAUGAAGUACAUACCUUAUCGAAGAUUGAGCAUCUAAACUUGGUGAGGUUAUUUGGUUAUCUGGAACACGGAGAAGAGCGGAUUAUUGUGGUUGAAUAUGUUGCCAAUGGAACACUUCGGGAACAUUUAGAUGGGAUACGCGGAAAUGGGCUAGAAAUCUCAGAACGUCUGGACAUUGCCACUGAUGUAGCUCAUGCGGUUACCUACCUGCACAUGUACACAGAUCUUCCAAUAAUUCACAGAGACAUAAAAUCAUCAAACAUCCUCAUUACAGAGAAACUCCGUGCCAAAGUGGCAGACUUUGGAUUUGCACGAAUGGCGGUAGAAGAUUCAGGUGCAACUCAUAUUUCAACACAAGUCAAAGGCACAGCAGGCUACUUGGAUCCCGAAUACCUAAGGACAUAUCAACUUACUGAAAAGAGUGAUGUUUACUCGUUUGGAGUAUUGCUCAUAGAACUGGUGACAGGAAGAUUACCCCUUGAACCAAAGAGACCGCCCAAAGAGAGAAUAACAGCAAGAUGGGCAAUGCAGAGACUGAAAGAAGGUGACACAGUAUUGGCAAUGGAUCUAAGACUGCGAAGAAGUCCAGCGUCCAUUGAGGCAGUGGAAAAGGUCCUCAAACUUGCUCGACAAUGCCUUGCACCUUCAAGACAAUCAAGACCUUCCAUGAAGAAAUGCGCCGAGGUGUUGUGGGCAAUUCGAAAAGAUUUCAAAGAUAGAAGUGUUUCCAUUGCAUCUACUUCUCAUCAGUCUGCAAAUGUUGUAGAGAGAGAUGCAAGAAAGGGUCGCUACAAGCAAUUUGGGAUUGAAGAUACUGAGAGCUAUACAUUUCGUUCUGCAUGAAAAGUGACUUUUGGGGUUAAUUGAUGAAUUGUCUAUUCUAUAUGUUGUAUAUUCAUUAUAUUCAGAACUCAAAAUACAGGGGUUUUGCUGGAGGCAGUUAGUGGUGGAUACUCCUUGCUCUGUUUUCAAUCCCCACAGCUUAGAAAUUGUUCGGACGCAACUAAACUCAGUUCGGGGUUAGCAAGAAGGCUCAGAUCAUGCACUCAUGUAACAUAUUAUUUUUUUAUUUUUUAUUUUAUCAAUAGAAAACUUGUCAACAGAACAAAGAAGCAAUGUGUUCACAAGUUGAGCCUAAUAUAAGUUGUGCUUUCAGAAGUGUA